AUGAAUCCCUACACCGAUGUAGCAAAUGACGCGCUCAACACCACACUUGCGACUUUGCAAUUGCUCAUCAGGCAUUGUAUCCACUUGAAACAGGAAGAUCCAGAAGCCCUGAAGCUAUCGGAUGAGAUUGCUAGACGCAUUGCAAAAGACUUGAGGCUUUAUGGAGGAAAUGCAACAUCAUUCUCCCCCCAGCUCUUGUCCUGUGCAGCCAUUGUGCAUCAAUAUUCCAAGGGUGGAGCCUUUGAAAGUUUGCCCAACUGGAACUCUGUGGUCGAUGAUGAUCCAUGCAUCAAGAGCCACCCGCACUUCCACAAGAUGUUGAACUACCGUCCUCUCGCUGCAGUUGGAACUCUUCCUGUUUUGGAGGAUCAAGCUACUGGGUCAUUGUCUAUCAUUAAACCUCUCACUGUUCCUGCGGCUAUCUGUCCUUUAAUAACACAAGCUCCCACACUUCCAGCAAACUUCAUGCCACUGUCCCCAUUGCCGGCCUCUCUGCAGCUAGAACUGCUGACUCCUCUUGCUCCAUCAGUCGCUUCUGCUACCCCUGCCACAAUGAAGUACAAGCUCUUCGUGCCAGGCAAUAUGUCAAACAGGGUCAAGCUUACUCCACACCCUAUGAAUGACAAGAAGAGAAAGGCUGAAGAAGAUGAUACCGAUUUGGCGGAUGCUCCCAGUUCCCCAUUUAGAUCUCUCAAGCAGAAUCUGAAAAGAAUGAAGAAGUUAUUGUCUCAUGAUGCACAAGAUCAACUCCGUAUAACUAAGAAUGGAACUACAAAUGACACAUCAUCGGCGGCAGAAUCUGAAAAGGUAUCAGACCCGGAAGCUCAGGACGCGAUUGACAAGGCCUCUGAUGAUAUUUUCUGGGACAGCGAAACUAAGCCUCGUGAUUGGGGUCUAGAUUCAAUGAUUGCCACAGCAGUGGAGCAUUCUAUUCACUACAAUCCCAGCAACCUCUUCUUCAUUUGCUGGAGGUUGUUUGUUGGACUCUGA